AUGUCAAGCUGCAGGUCAAGUUUUGUGUCGAUUCUGAACAACGAUGAUAACCCGGCAUUCGCGGUUCGAUCAACGGCUUACGGGAUCCCGACACAUUAUCCCACCUCACAGUACCCAUUGGAGCAGCCUCCGCCAAGAAGCACGUCAGACUACCACUAUGGCCGCACGUACUCCGACUCACCGUCACCCCGGGUAAUGCGGCAGCCAUUCGACCCAGUCACAGAGGCCACUCGGCCAGCCUCACCCGGCUCAUCGGACUGUUCUUCAUACGACUACGCAGUCAGCUCAGGCGCUGGCUCCUACUACCACCCUUACGCCCGCCAUGACCCGUACGCCUAUCAGCCGCGCCCGGACAAACGGCUCAGCGGCAACUCCAUGGCCGAACCCCCAUCUCCUCAAACCUCGAUCGCUAGUACGUCAAAAGAGUCUGUCGCCGCCAAACCAGCCCGCAAGAACAAGUACCCUUGCCCAUUCGCUGUCAGCCACGCCUGCACGGCGACCUUUACUACCUCAGGGCACGCGGCACGACACGGCAAGAAACACACGGGGGAGAAGAGCGUACACUGCCCAAUCUGCAACAAGGCGUUCACCCGAAAGGACAAUAUGAAGCAACACAUUCGAACGCAUCGCACACAUUCUGAAGAGAUGUCGGCCAACUCGACGCCGCGGAGUAGCGAUGCGAACCGGGAAUGGGCGGCUAGAAGAAACGAAUCGUUUGUACGAUAA